GCUGCAUCUCCGUGUUGUACUGUUGUAAUGUAAAAUUUGUUUCAGGGUAUGUAGUCGGAGUUUAGGAAGAAUACGACUUAGUGUGGAGACAGUGAAUAGCAGUUUUAUCUAUUCUUAAUAAACUGUAAUGUUCACCCAGCCUUUAAAUAUUAUCAACGUCACCAAAUAUACCAGGCAAUACAAAACUUUAUCACCAGAUGGCGCCAGGUGAAUGAGUCUCCCCCUCCUCUGUCCAUAUUUGGUGGAGUCCAGGGAGGUGACGUUUGUCGCAAACACGGAAGUAGAGAUAAACGAUGGAUGAAUUGACGUAUGGAGCCAUGUGAACACAGUUACUGCACCUGGACUCAAAGUGAAGUAUGUUGAGCCUCGACAGGCUCACACAUAUAAACAGGCAGGGACAGGUGGUAACCGCAGAACACCGAGAUUGUGCUUUCAUUUUAAGUUUUAUGUGCGCGAGGCAGUGUUGGUUAGCCCACCCGAGCACCCCCCCGUGUUGCGUAAAAAGAUAGUUUUUAGAUCUUAAUAUCCUAAUUUCAUCAAAUAUUUACUGAAAUAAAAUGUCUUUCGCAAACCUGUUCACGAGACUGUCUGCUGUCGACGAGGAUGUGACUAGUCCUGGUCAAACAUCCAUUACACACAGGAACGAGAGUGUUGAUGGUCAAAGAGGAAAUGCCAGAAAGAGGAAAACGCAGGGUGAGCAGACUGGCCCUGACAAGAAGAAACGUUAUCGAGGCCAGACAAAGUGGACAUAUAAUACUGCAUCCUUUGAAGACGACAACCAUGUGCAGAACACUGACAAUAAACCUGCAGGUUUUGGCUUCACCAAAGAAAUGAUACAUAACCAUAGUGAUAAAGCUGGCCACAAUAACAUGUAUCACAGAGGUCAGAAUUACAAAGCUAGAAAUAACCGUAAUGUGAGCAAGCAACUGCAGAAGAAGAGGACAGAGGAGAACAAACAUCAGCAUCAACAAAAGGAUAAAUGGAGACAUACCAAUAGAGGUGGACGUCAUCAAACUGGAGCCACUGCAAGGAAAGGUGGAGGAGACGGUCAGCGUAGAGAUGGCAAGCAGGAUGUUCAAGUGAAACGCCCAAGAUUCAUGACAGAUGAGUUCAAGGACAUGAAUGCGUUGUUAGUGGAUGGACGGUUACUUUGUCGACAUUUCCUCUGGGGAAGGUGCAUCAAGGGUGACAACUGCCAGCUGGAGCACAUUCAGGGUCACAACGAUCUCAUCAAAGAAGCUUGCAAAUUCUACAUCCAAGGAUUCUGUAUGAAAGGGGAGAGCUGUGUAUACAUGCACAAGUCUUUUCCUUGCAAGUUCUUCCAUAAAAAAGGAAAGUGUUCUCAGGGAGCAGAUUGCAAGUUUUCCCAUGAGCCACUUAAUGAGAUCACAAACCGACUGUUGGAUGAGGUGUUAAAACGGGAAAACGACCUCUAUGAACUUAGAAAAAAAGCCGAACAGGAAUCGCAAGGAGAGCCAGCGAACACAGACGGGCCAGAAAUCACAGACGCAGAUCAGACUCCUGAUAUAGUCAUACAACCAGUCAGACCCACCUUCUACAACAGUGGAGAAAAAAAUGCUGAGCAGGAGGCCUUGUUAUGUCCGACUGAACAGCCGUCUGAUAACACGGACACAGCCGACCCACCACAGGCAUCACACAGCGCCCACCCUCACAGUCCCCCGUCAACUAACCUUAAUCACAAGGAGCCGGUUUGUUAUUCAGUCGAAGCAGUGCUUGGACCUCAGCUGUUCAAACCAUUCCCUAGUUUCUAUACAACUCCUGGAAGUGAAGAAUCUGCGCCUCUCUCUGUUGCACACACGUCUUCUGAUUGCGCUGCAGACCAAAGUGAAGCCCCCUACUCGGUCAGUUUUUUUAAAUCAGUAGGAAACUCUACGUUUGGCCAGAUACCUGCCCCUCCUACUGCACAUAACGUAUCCUAUACUUCAAAAACUGACAACAAAGAGCUCACCGAUCCUCUGGUAAGAAGAAAUGAAGCAAAUAAAUCCCAGGAAAAAAUGUUUAACAGUUUGUCAUGUUUUCAAGUGCACACUGUUCGGGAGACUUGCCCUGAUCUUACUCUGGCCUGCGAGGAUCACGACAAACGAGGUGGGGAAAUGCCAGCGUCCCAGAAACCUGCUCUAAGAUCUUCCCAUGAAGUCAAGCCGGCGUUUUUGGAUUCCCCUGCGACAGAGGCAGAGAAGUCCGUGUCCUCCAAAAGAAAAGGAGAUCUGAAAGGAGGCACACACCUGCCCGUGGACAUUAUUACACACUCAGUGAAGUGUAAAAGUGAACCCAGGAAGGGCAAAAGCCUGACAUUUACUCCCAAACAUCCUACACAGCUGAAGCCACAUCUCUCUGGUCUGACAUCUAACUCACAAUCCUUGUUAAAGCUUCUUUGUCCCUCUUCAGGUUUCUCAGAGUUUAAAGGUAGAGCUGCUGUUCCUGCUGAAUCAGUCACCAGCUCCGCUAAGACGAGUGGUUCUGGAAACUGUGUCAGUCAUCAUUUAGCCGCAAGACAACCCACUGAGAUCCAUCAGCCCUCCAAACAGACACAACCUGGCCUCAAACUUGACGCACAACAACAUUAUUUCAGUGAAACCUCAAUAGAGUGCAGCAGUAAAACGGCUCCUUGUGGCGAUUUGUCAGAUGGAUGUAAUAAAACCCAGAAAAGUCAGUAUUAUAGUCUUCACCCCAUCACUGACAGCCUGAAGCCAACGCCAGAUUUUAUAAGUGCUUGUCCUCAAGGCUUUAAUCAAUCUUCCUGUCCUACUCUACAACCUGCACAUUACAGAAGUAAAGAUAAAGAAGUUAAAACUGACAAGGCCUCAGCCUUCCACAGUCUUUUUGCUGCCCCUCUCAGUGCUGCUCCUCACCCAUGCACACAGUCCCAACCGGAUCAUUCAAACCAGUCAGCUGAUCAUACAUCGCAUUUAUCAAACUCUAAACAAAAAGCUUCAACUUUAGAGACACCUCUCCCACCUCGAGUCAAAACCAACGUCAAACAAACUUCUCACAGACCAACUUCUCCUAAAUUCUCCUCUAGUCCCCAAAGUAAAAAUGAUUUAUCUGGGCCCGUAAAUCAACCUGCUAAACAGCAGGUGAAUCCCGUCUGUAGCCUUGUGUCCAACUCCCUCAGUGAGACGUCCUCCAGUCCGCCUCCUUGUGAUGACAGUGCAGAUCCAUCUCCAGCCCUGGUUCAUCAGCAGCUGCCUGACGUCUCAUCCCCCAAAGCCACUGCAAAUUCAGUCCUGAAGACUCUCUUUCUGAGCCUGAGCCCAUACCAACAGGAUGGAGAGCAACAGGACAGUGUUCAGACCGGUGCGUCUUCAGAAAGUGAAAAGAAGCAUAAAGGAAGCACGGGGUUCGUCUUUGUUGAGCAACAGCAGAAGAGUAAUAAAAAGAAAAGACGAAAGAAGCAACUCAUGACUCAAUCUUCCCACCAACAGUCCACUGAGAAAACAGUUGCACACUCAAGAGGGCGCCAGCCCUCCUUUCAGACCUCCCUGAUCUCCGUGGAGGCCGCAGUUGGGUCAACCCUCAGCAGUCCGGCCACGACCGAACCUCAGGUGAGAAAGUCAGGCACACACAACCUGCCAUUCAAACCAGCGGUGCAGCUGAUGCAGCGCCACAACCGACAGAGACUGAAGCACACUUUAGAGGAAGGAAAGCGGGAAAAUGGGAACGUGGCAGUGACACCACUGAAGGACCUUUUUAAGAGUUUAGACACCUCGGUUUUCCACCUCGGACAUUAACGUCGCACCAGUGUUUAAACUGUUAAAAUGAAAGUAGUUAUUGUGUCAAUCAAAGCUCGAUGUGCUGAGCUUUAUAACCUGUAUGAGUUUAUAUUUUUAUCAGGAUGUUUUAGUGUGAAAAUCAACCGUUUUCAGUUACUAGGAUAUCGACCCAAUCAUACCUUUUCCACAAGCUUUGUUUGAAUCAUAUCAAAGCAUCAAAGAGUGGCGAUGAGUGUUGGUACAUACAGAUGGGUGACAGAUUGAAGCAGAAACCAACAUAACGCAUCUUGGAGAAAUAAACACCAUUCCUCCCAAAGGAUAUUCCCUCAUGUGGAUGUUUUGAUGAUGGUGGUGGAGAGCGCUGUCCAGUGUGUGGGUCCGAAAUCUCCCAUAGGUGUUCAGUUGGCUUGAGCUCUGGUGACAGUGAAGCUAUGCCCUAUGGAUGGGGGCGUUGUCAUCCUGUUUCAGGUUUUUCUUUGAAUUUGUCAUCCAUCUUUAUAUUGCCAGUUUUUUAUGUACAGUUACUUUUUUUGAAAAUGAACACAAAAGACCUAAUAAGCUAUCAACUGAGUGUAUCAUGGUUUUCUUUGUAUUUGCCCUUUCUUUGUGGUCAGACAAGGGGCAAACACAUUUAAAUCUGUAUUAAAUGUAAAACCUACAAGCUUCUUCAGACUGCAAUUCUACAGUGGUGCUGCAUACAUAAAGUUUGUGCUGUAUUUCUGAAUUUUUACAGUUGUACUACAACUUUUAUUUUUAUUUUUAUGUAUAUAAACAUGUAGGGUUAUGAGAGAGAAUUUCAUCAUUCAUUCAAAAUGUAUUUGAAGAUUUUCCCAGACAUUACUUUUAGAUUUUUAGCCCAGGCAGAACUCAAAAAUCACAGAAGCAUAUCAGACACCAACAUUAACAACUCAAAUGACUGGGGGCAAAUCAGGAUACAUGCUGGUUUAUUAAGCUGAUUAAGAAGAGUCGUCACAACUUUACAAAGGGUUUUUUCUUUUGAUGUCAUAUUUUGUUGCAAGGUACAGAAGUUACAUCUUGCAGAAUGACAAACGUAAUACAUUUCAUCAAUACUACACCACAAACUUUUGUAUGCUGUGCAUAUACAGUAGGAUGUGUUAUGUUUGUCGUACAUGCUGAUUAUACUUGAUUACAAUAAUUUAUUAACAUGAA